AUGCCUUCUCCAAAUAUGAAGUAUUUUGAGAAGUCAGAAAUUUCAAUCAGACCAUACAAACUAUCAGAUGUAGAUGAUUUUAUGCAAUGGGCAUGUGAUUCACAAGUCCUUAAAUACAGCCUUUUACAAUUCCAAAUAAGUCCAAACUCUUCUAAAGAACACGUUAUUAAAUACUUUCAAGACAAUGUUUUAUCCCAUCCUUAUUAUAAGGCUAUCUGUCUGCACAACCGUGCCAUUGGCUCGGUCGUGCUCGACAGACAACCAGGCAAGUUCGGUCUUGAUAAGGGUCGAGCACAAUUGUCUUAUGCUCUAGGGAGCCAGUAUUGGGGCCAUGGUAUAACUACUACAGCAGUUAGAAAGACUGUUUUAGCUGCCUUUAAAGAGCUUCAUAAUCUAGUUAGGAUUCAAGCUUUUGUUGAAAUUCCAAAUAAGGGUUCUGAGAAGGUGCUACAAAAGGUGGGUUUUGUAAAGGAAGGUGUUCUAAGAAAUUAUGCUAUGAUUGUUGAUGGAGAGGGUAUGGAUCUUAAUGUGUAUAGCAUCCUACCUUCUGAUAUUUUUUUGUCCGAUGGAUCUUAG